AUGUCUGCAAGUCCUAUUACGAAGAAUGGACUCUUCGUCCACAAUAACACAACAGCUCCCGAGCACCCGAGUGUCAUGAGCAUGUUUUCCCUCAAGGGGAAGACUGCUAUUGUCACUGGUGCCGGUGCCGGUAUCGGUCUUUCUGUUGUUGAGGCUCUAGCUGAGGCCGGUGCCAAUGUGGCUAUGUGGUACAACAGCAACCCCAAGUGUAUUGAGCGGGCUGCUGAGAUCUCGCAGAAAUUCGGUGUCCAAACCAAGGCUUAUCAAGUCCAGGUUACCGAUGCCAAGGCCGUUGAGCAAGCCGUCAACGACGUGGUCAAGGAAUUCAAUGGCCGUCUAGAUGUAUUCAUCGCCAACGCUGGUAUUCCUUGGACUCAGGGCCCGAUGGUCGACGGACCUCUCGAGCACUACCGUGAUGUUGCCGGGGUUGAUCUUGAUGGCACAUUCUACUGUGCCAAAUAUGCCGCCGACCACUGGCGUCGCCAGAAGGAGGAGGGUACUGAUGCCAACGGCAAUAAGCUUACCAACUUCACAUAUGGUAGUUUUGUUGCUACUGCAUCUAUGAGCGGUCACAUUGUCAACUUUCCCCAGAUGCAGGCUGCCUACAACGCCGUCAAGGCUGGCGUCAUCCAUCUUUGCAAGUCCCUUUCCGUUGAAUGGGUUCGCUUUGCUCGCGCCAACACUGUGUCACCCGGUUACAUUGCUACCGAGAUCUCUAGCUUCGUGCCUGAGGAAACUAAGAAUGUUUGGCGCGAUAAGAUUCCCAUGGGUCGUGAGGGCGAGGCCCAUGAGCUGAAGGGUGCUUAUCUUUACCUGGCGUCCGAUGCUUCGUCAUAUACCACCGGAGCUGAUCUUAUCGUCGACGGUGGCUACUGUGCCCCAUAA